AUGAAUACAGAAGUAGUCCCAAAAACAGAGACAGAGUACAAGGCAAUGGUUGAGGCCAGAGAAAGAAUAGGAAUUCCUGCCACCUUCAUCUCAUUCAAAAGAUCUCAAAGAAAUGUAUACCCAAGAUAUGCAUUAUUAAAGAUGGAAAAUGUAACGUCAAAAGAGCAAGCAGAAAAGUACAUUGGAAGAGCCGUUGAGAUGUACAUCCCAAAGACCAAAGUACAGCUGUCUGGAUACAAGGAAAGAGUUGUUAUGGGAUACAUACAUAGAGUACACGGUAACUCUGGAAUUGUUAGAGCUAGAUUUGAGAAGAACCUUUGUGCCAGUUUUAUUGGAACCCACGUAUACGUACAGUUAUACAAGGCCAACCCCAACUACUUCCAAAAAGACUAA